GAAUAGUGUGUGAACUGUGGGCAUAAUGCGAACGCGUGAGUGUGAGGACUGAAUCUAUAUAAGGCUAUCCCGACUCUCUUGACCUCCAUAGCCGCCACCACCUAUCAUAUCUACCUUUACCAGAAACACUCUUGAAUGUCUUCAACGAUAACCAUGGCAAUUACACAGCCAAGAGUUUCAUCUUUUACUUCCAGAUUUGCUUAUCGCAGUUCGCAACCGUUGAUGAAUCAACUGCGCAACCUAUCCUGCAAAACAUCAACACCAUCCAUCAUGAAAUUAUCCAUAAACUCCAUAGCUCUCCCUCCAAAGGUGCCUACUCAAACUAUUCCUACGAUGACAAGUUUGGAGCAACUCAAAAUAAAAAGCCAAGAGGUAUUACUAGACUCAAGUGAUUCAUUGAGAACAUUGAAGUUGAUUGACACCAUCCAAAGGCUAGGAAUUGACCACCAUUUCGAAGAAGAGAUCAACUUACAACUUGGAAGAGUGGCGGAUUGUAACAAUGCUCAAGACCUCUUUGCCACGGCUCUUCAAUUUCGCUUGCUAAGACAUAAUGGCUGGUCUACAUCUUCAGAUGUUUUCAAUAAAUUUUUGGACAAGAGUGGGAAUUUCAAGGAAUCGGUCACCGGAGACGUUUGGGGCAUGUUAAGUUUGCAUGAGGCAUCAUAUUUAGGUGCAGAAGGUGAAGAAGUACUACAACAUGCCAUGGAGUGCUCAAGGGCUCACCUGCACCAGUCACUACCACACUUAAGUCCUGAAGUAGGAAGAGUAGUUGUUGAAGCGUUAAAACUUCCAAGACACCAAAGAAUGGUAAGGUUGGAAGCAAAAAAUUACAUGGUACAAUAUAGCAAAGAAAGUAGCCAAAUUCCUGCUCUUCUAGAAUUGGCAAGGCUAGACUAUGACAUGGUUCAGUCGAUGCACCAGAAAGAAUUAGCAGAGAUCUCAAGGUGGUGGAAAGACCUGGGACUGAUCGAAAGACUUGGUUUUGGAAGAGAUGGACCAAGAGAGUGCUUCCUAUGGGCGUUGGGAGUUUUUCCAGAACCACGUCAUUCAAAUUGUCGUAUCGAACUUGCAAAAGCUAUUUGCAUUUUGCAAGUUAUAGAUGAUAUGUUCGACACAUACGGAACAUUAGAUGAACUUAUUCUUUUCACCGAGGCAGUGCAGAGGUGGGAUCUUGAUGCAAUGGAGAAGCUACCUGAAUAUAUGAAGAUAUGUUACAUGGCCUUGUAUAACACCACCCAUGAGAUUGCAUACAGAAUUCAGAGGGAUCAUGGGCAAACUGUUGUUGCUUCCUUGAAAAGAACAUGGAUAGACUUACUAGAAGCUUAUCUAAAAGAAGCUAAAUGGUUCAACGACAAAUAUGUUCCUGCUUUUGAGGAAUAUUUGGAUAAUGGGGUGAUUUCUUCAGGAUCAUGCUUGGCCUUAGUACAUGCAACUGUCCUCAUUGGGGAAAACCUCUCAAGAGAAACCAUUUCCUUGAUGAGUCCAUAUCCAAGACUCUUUACUUGUUCUGGAGAAAUUCUUAGGCUUUGGGACGACUUAGGAACCUCAAAGGAGGAACAAGAAAGAGGUGAUAAUGCUUGUAGCAUACAAUGACUCAUGAAAGAAAACGAUAUUUUAGAUGAAAGUUUUGCUAGAAAGCAUAUAAGACGACUCCUGGGAAACUUAUGGCCUGAGCUAAAUGGUCUUGCUAUGGCUACUACCACUCUACCUUCUGCUGUUACGAAGGCUUCUUUCAACAUGGCUAGAACUUCUCAGUUUAUUUAUCAACAUGGCGAUGAUCAACAGAUGCCUACAGUUGAUGAUCUAGUACAGGCAUUAUUGUUUACACCUUCUGACAAAUAUGGGGAAGAAAGUGAUAUCAAUUGUGUUGUAUGAUUGUGUUAACCACUGCUGCUCAUUUUUUAUUAUCUUUGUUAGUUUAGCUUUAGUCUAGUUAGCUUAUCACAUUUAUUCCCUUAUAUAUUAUAGGCAGUACUUCUUUGUAACAUAACACUCUGUAAUUGUAUUUUUUAUCCUACAAUAAAUUUUUGCUUUCUUUUUC